CGCGACCCACGGCGCAAGUGCCGGUGUUUGGGGCCCGGGGAGGGCCGUCGCCAUGGCAGCGCCGGCCACGCGGUGAGGGGGCCGCCCUCCCGGCUGGUCGCUCCCGCAGCCUCGCUGCCUGCUGGUGGGAACCGUGAGAUUCCGCCCCCGACUGGGCGCCUGCCGAGUGCCUCAUCAGCCAGACGAGCGCCCUGUAAAGACCGCCAAGCAACAAUGAAGGUUCUUUUACUGAAAGACCCUAAGGAGGACGACUGUGGCCAGGAUCCCUACAUCCGGGAAUUAGGAUUAUAUGGACUCGAAGCCACUUUGAUCCCUGUUUUAUCAUUUGAGUUUUUGUCUGUUCCCAGUUUUUCGGAGAAGCUGUCUCACCCUGAAGGUUACGGGGGCCUCAUUUUUACCAGCCCCAGAGCAGUGGAAGCAGUGGAGCUGUGUUUGGAGAAAGACAGUAAAACCGAAGUCUGGAGAAAGUCUCUGAAAGAAAAAUGGAAUGCUAAGUCAGUGUAUGUGGUGGGAAAGGCUACUGCUUCUCUAGUGAAUAAAAUUGGCCUGCAUACAGAAGGAGAAAACUGUGGAAAUGCAGAAAAGCUUGCAGAGUACAUUUGUUCUAGGGAGUCGUCAGCACUGCCUCUUCUGUUUCCCUGUGGAGCCCUCAAAAGAGAAAUCCUGCCGAAAAUGCUCAAGGACAAAGGGAUUCCCGUGGAGAGCUUAACUGUCUACCAGACGAUCCCACACCCAGGAAUCCAGGGGAACCUCAACAGCUACUAUUCCCAGCAGGGCAUUCCAGCCAGCAUCACGUUUUUCAGUCCCUCUGGCCUGACACACAGUCUCAAGCAUAUUCAAGAGUUAUCUGGUGACAACAUUGACCAGAUUAAGUUCGUGGCCAUUGGGCCCACCACAGCCCACGCCCUGGCCGCGCAGGGCCUGCCCGUGAGCUGCACCGCAGAGAGCCCCACGCCGCGAGCCCUGGCCGCGGGCAUCAGGACGGCGCUCCAGCCCCACGGAUGCUGAGUCGGAGGCCCCGGCGCCCUCCCUGGGCGGAGCUGCCCCUGUGGGCCCAGCGCCAGGUGCUACCGCGUCCCGGGGGAGCCGGGCAUCGGGCAGG